AUGGCUGUUUCUGAAGAAACCGUGCCCGUCCAAAUCGACGUAACAAAGCUCACUGCUUUAUCACCAGAAGUUAUCUCAAAGCAGGCUACAAUCAAUAUCGGUACGAUCGGUCACGUAGCUCACGGUAAAUCGACUGUCGUCAAGGCCAUUUCUGGUGUCCAGACUGUCCGUUUCAAAAAUGAAAUGGAAAGAAACAUUACUAUCAAGUUGGGUUACGCCAACGCAAAGAUCUAUAAGUGCGAGAAUGCCGAAUGCCCUCGUCCAGGCUGCUACCGAUCAUACGGCUCAUCAAAGGAAGAUCACCCACCUUGCGAGCGCCCUGGAUGCGGUGGAAAGAUGCAGUUGGUCCGACACGUCUCGUUUGUCGAUUGCCCAGGUCACGACAUCUUGAUGACAACCAUGUUAUCCGGUGCCGCAGUCAUGGAUGCUGCUUUGCUCCUGAUUGCCGGUAACGAAUCCUGUCCACAGCCUCAGACCUCCGAACAUUUGGCCGCUAUCGAAAUCAUGAAACUGAAACAUGUCAUUAUCUUGCAAAACAAGGUCGAUCUCGUAAAGGAGAAGGCUGCACAGGAACAACACGACGAUAUUUUGGCAUUUGUAAAGGGUACCGUUGCCGAUGGAGCACCCGUUAUCCCCAUUUCCGCCCAAUUGAAAUACAACAUUGAUGCUAUCAACGAAUAUAUUACAAAGAAGAUUCCAGUCCCUGUCCGUGAUUUCACUGCUGAUCCACGACUCAUUGUCAUUCGUUCAUUUGAUAUCAACAAACCCGGUGCCGAUGUUACCCAGUUGCAGGGUGGUGUUGCUGGUGGCUCUAUUUUGAAGGGUGUGUUGAAGGUCGGCGACGAGAUUGAAGUCCGUCCUGGUGUCAUUAUCAAGGAUCAAGAAGGCAAGAUCCGCGCAAGACCUAUUCUUUCGAAGAUUCUCACAUUAGCUGCCGAAACCAACAAGUUGGACUUUGCUGUUCCUGGUGGUUUGAUUGGUGUUGGUACCCAAAUGGAUCCUACUCUUUGCCGUGGUGAUCGUCUUGUCGGUCAAGUGCUCGGCUACCCCGGCACCCUGCCUUCCAUCUACACCGAAUUAGAAAUAUCCUACUUUUUGCUGCGCCGAUUAUUGGGUGUCAAGACCGACGAUAAGAAGCAGGCUAAGGUUGCAAAGCUGACAAAGGGCGAACUGUUGUUGGUCAACAUUGGUUCUGUUUCUACUGGUGGUCGUGUUGUUGGUGUCAAGGCCGAUUUGGCCAAGAUUGUCUUGACUGGCCCAACAUGUACUGAAGUUGGUGACAAGGUCGCGUUAUCCAGAAAGAUUGAGAGACAUUGGCGUCUCAUUGGUUGGGGUAAGAUUAAGCGUGGUACUGUGCUGGAGGCCGAAGCAAAUUAA